AUGGACAUUAUCUCAGGCCAAGCUCUCUUCUUCUUAUUAUGCUUUGUCUUAUCAUGUUUCCUUAUCUUCUUCACCACAAGAUCCAGGCGGAGAUUGGCACCGGGACCUCCGCGNCUACCCAUCAUCGGAAAUAUUCAUCUUGUCGGUAAAAAGCCACACCAAUCAUUCGCCGACCUCUCAAAAACUUAUGGACCAGUCAUGAGUCUUAAGCUUGGAAGUCUAAACGUAGCUGUCAUAACUUCACCAGAGGCUGCNAGAGAAGUUUUAAGAACACACGANCANAUCUUGUCUGGCCGUAGCUUCCCUAACGUGGUACGGUCCAUCAAUCAUCACGAUAUUUCUAUUGUCUGGCUUCCUCCAUCGUCGACUCGUUGGAGGAUGUUGAGAAAGCUGUCAGCGACUGAGCUGUUCUCUCCGCAGCGUCUCGAAGCCACUAAAGCUUUGCGAAUGAACAAGGUGCAAGAGCUUGUGAGCUUCAUCAAUGAAUGCAGCGAGAGAGAAGAAGCUGUUGAUAUUUCUCAUGCAUCAUUCGUCACAUCACUUAAUAUCAUAUCGAACAUUCUGUUUUCCGUAGAUCUCGGUAUCUACGAUUCAAAAAAGUCCAGCGGAUUUCAGGACGCGGUGACUGGUGUCAUGGAAGCUGUUGGGGACCCAGACCUUUCUAACUUCUUCCCGUUUAUUAAGUUUCUUGAUCUGCAAGGUAAUACGAAGAAGAUGAAGGUCUGUUCGGAGAGGUUGUUUAAGGUUUUCCGUGGGUUCAUUGAUGCUAAAAUUGCGGAAAAAUCAUUGCAAAGUAACUCGAACAAUGAUUUCGUGGAUACCCUUAUUGAUCUCAGCCAAGCAGAGCUCAACACUAACGAUAUCGAACACCUUCUCUAUGAUUUGUUUAUUGCAGGCACCGACACAAACUCUAGUACCGUGGAAUGGGCAAUGACAGAGUUACUUCGAAACCCUAAAACAAUGUCCAAAGCUCAGGACGAAAUCGAUCGUGUGAUCCGUCAAAAAGGUGUUGUUGAAGAGUCUGAUAUCUCGGAAAUGCCGUAUCUACAAGCGGUUGUGAAAGAAACUUUCCGGUUACAUCCGGUUGGUCCUCUUCUCAUUCCUCGAAAAGCGGAAGCUGACGUGGAGGUUCUUGGAUUCCUUGUGCCUAAAGACACUCAGGUUCUUGUGAACGUAUGGGCAAUAGGGCGAGAUCCGAACGUGUGGGAGAAUCCGGUGCGGUUUGAGCCAGAGAGGUUUUUGGGGAAAGAGAUUGAUGUGAAAGGUAAAGAUUAUGAGCUUACACCGUUCGGAGCCGGACGCAGAAUUUGUCCGGGAAUGUCUUUGGCUUUGAAGACAGUGCCUCUUAUGCUUGCUUCUCUUCUCUAUUCUUGUAAUUGGAAGCUUCCAAACGGCCUCGUUCCGGAGGAUUUGGACAUGGACGAGACUUUCGGUCUCUCAUUACACAAGACCAAUCCGUUACAUGCCGUUCCCGUCAAGAAACGCGUCAUUAUUUAA